AUGGGACAACACAGGUGCAAGCUUCUUUGUUUUUUGAGCGCCGUGUGUCUGGGCCUGGUUUACUACAAAUUCUCAAAACUCAAAUGCCCAGGACACAUUCCAGCUUGCAAUGUGACAUUACAGAUAUCUGCACGAGCUGACUUGAGGCCUCACUCACACAAGGCGCUAGUAUCUGAACAAUGGCACAAGUCUGAAGUCUCCAAACAUGUCAACGCUUUAGAGGCGCUUUUAUUCAAAGGUUCAACGUGUACCGGCAAUCAGUCCUACAUUAACACUACCCAGUGUUCCAGCUGUCUCCGACCAGGAGUUAGCAAGAUUAGAUUAUUUUACCCUCCGAUAGAACCCCCGAAACGUGACAAUGGCACGGAUUUUGUCAAGCCGGUACCGGAAGUUCUACAAAAUCUCAUCACCGACUACCUGAUAACUCCCAGUCUGGACUGUCCGUACCUUCUAGCUGUCCAAGCUUCAGUGAAGGAUCGACCUCAUGAGAGAGAUCUUGUUCGGAGAACUUGGGGCAGUGUUGCAGAAACUCAGACCUGGCCUAACAGGAGAAUCAAUGCUAAACUAAAGGUCUUGUUUGUUGUAGCAAAUAAAAGAAGCAGUGAGCCGGAGCCUCAGCACAAUCGUACAGCACAGUUCGUGGAGCUACUGUCAGAAGCUCUGAUCCAUAACGACAUUCUCUACAUUAACAUGGAUGACAGUUACCAAAAUCUGACGCUAAAACUGUUGUCAGCCUUCAGAUGGGUCAAGGACAACUGUCCGUGUGUCAAAUUCGUGUUAAAGGUUGACUUUGACACGUUUGUCAACGUCCCUCUUCUGAUAGACACAUUGUUGCUGCACCAGGACCAGUUGGAGUCUUCACUUCUAGGGAUGGUGUACAGAGCCGACAUUGCGGUGCGAAGAACAGGAAAAUGGGGAGUGCCCAAGUCGUUGUACCCUAUGAACUAUUACCCUCAAUAUGCAUCAG